AUUUAGAGUACUCUGUGGGCUGCUCUACUCUCAACUGGAUUCCACUAAAGGUGUCUACCUCUGCUCUAUCAUUUUGAAACUGAGUUCAUCAGGUUACUUUUGCACAGGAUUUACAGCAAGCGGCUCUCUUAUCUUACUUUGAAAGCCUAUCUUAAUCCUCUGGAAAAAAAACAUUUAAGAAACAAAGGCACUUGCCUCGAUCAUGCUGUCAAAAGUACGAGAUUUAUACGUGCUGGGAGUCUCUUGAAGCCUCUGGAUGCAAGUUAGGAAGAACGCAAUUCAGGAUUGUGCAUUGGGAGCUGUUGGAUAUUUCUGACUGACAGAGCCAAAGAGGCAAACCAAAUCAGAACGGCUGAGGAACAGGCACAAUGGAGCUUGAUGAGAAUCUUGCCAUGAGUAUACUCUGCAAGCUGGAAAAAAGGAAGAGGAGCCAGGUGUGUUGCCUCUGAUUGCUUCUUGUUCAAGUCUACACAAGAUUCACCAAGUUUCUGGUUUGUAGGUGGAGAACUGAAUAUCUGUUACAAUGCUGUAGAUCGUCAUGUUGAGAAUGGACGAGGAGACCAAAUUGCCAUUAUUUAUGACAGUCCUGUAACAAAUACCAAAGAGAAAAUAACAUAUAAGGAACUUCUUGAGCAGGUCUCCAAGUUAGCUGAUGUCAUGGUCAGACAUGGUGUGAAGAAAGGAGAUCGUGUGGUCAUCUACAUGCCCAUGAUUCCACAGACAAUAUACUGUAUGCUGGCUUGUGCAAGGAUAGGAGCCAUCCAUAGCCUGAUUUUUGGUGGAUUUGCAUCUAAGGAGCUUUCUGUUCGCAUUGAUCAUGCAAAGCCCAGACUUAUUGUAACAGCAAGCUUUGGAGUAGAACCAAAAAGGAAAGUGGAAUACAUAUCCCUUCUAGAAGGAGCACUGGCAAGGGUACAGAACAAACCUGAUAAAGUUCUCAUUUACAAGCGACCUAAUUUGGGCGAUGUUCCCCUUACCCCAGGUCGUGAUCUUGACUGGGAAGAAGAGCUUGCAAAAGCACAUCUUCAUAAAUGUGUCUCCGUUCCCUCCGAUCAUCCACUUUAUAUUCUGUAUACAUCUGGAACAACAGGCUUGCCCAAGGGUGUUGUCAGACCAACGGGUGGCUAUGCAGUUAUGCUGAACUGGACCAUGUCAGCUGUAUAUGGACUCAAACCUGGUGAGGUGUGGUGGGCAGCUUCUGAUUUAGGUUGGGUUGUUGGUCAUUCCUACAUUUGCUAUGGACCUCUCCUUCAUGGGAAUACUACAGUUUUGUAUGAGGGGAAGCCUGUGGGAACGCCAGAUGCUGGUGCCUAUUUCCGUGUGCUAGCAGAGCAUGAAGUAGCUGCCUUCUUUACCUCACCAACUGCAAUUAGAGCAAUCCGUCAACAGGACCCUGAGGCAGCCUUGGGAAAGCAGUACACUCUGAAAAGGUUCAGAACGUUAUUUGUAGCUGGUGAGCACUGUGAUGUGGACACAUUAGAAUGGUCAAAAAAGGUCUUCAAGGUACCUGUCUUGGACCACUGGUGGCAAACUGAAUCUGGUUCUGCCAUUACUGCUUCCUGCAUUGGUUUGGGAAACUCUACAACACCUCCACCCGGACAGGCAGGAAAACCAGUGCCAGGAUACAAUGUGAUGAUUCUGGAUGAAAAUAAGGAACCGGUGAAGGUGAAGACUUUGGGAAAUAUUGUGGUAAAGUUACCUUUGCCUCCUGGAGCAUUCUCAAGUCUUUGGGAAAAUCAGGAAACAUUCCAGAAGUUGUAUUUCCAAAAGUUUCCAGGGUAUUACGAUACUAUGGAUGCAGGUUAUAUGGAUGAGGAUGGCUAUUUAUAUGUCCUGUCUCGAGCUGAUGAUGUGAUCAAUGUUGCUGGACACAGAAUUUCAGCAGGCGCAAUUGAAGAGUGUAUUCUCUUCCAUCACGCUGUGGCAGACUGUGCUGUUGUGGGCCGGGAGGAUCCUUUGAAAGGACACGUUCCAUUUGCACUGUGUGUGCUGAGAGAAGGUGUAAAGACAGAAAAGGAGAAGAUUUUGGAAGAGAUUGUUGAUCGAGUUAGAAAUAACAUUGGUCCAGUAGCGGCUUUCCAGAAGGGGGUGUUUGUGAAGCAGCUACCAAAAACACGCUCUGGCAAGAUACCGCGUUCAGCUCUUUCUGCACUUGUCAGUGGAAAGCCAUAUAAGAUAACGCCAACCAUUGAAGAUGCUAGUGUGUUUAAACACAUUGAAGAAGUGCUAAAGAAAAACAAAAUUGGAUGAUAGGUUAAUAACAAACUUGUCAGUUCCUGAAGUACGCAAAGACACUUUCUAUUAGGGAAUACCACGUUUUAAAAACCAUUAACAAUUUUAGAAUUUUUUUUUACUUCAGACAUGUUAGUAUUUUCUUUAUCAUAUUGUCACAGCCAGUGAAGCAUCCUAAAGUCUCUGGAUGUUGUCAUUAUAUGGUGGAUAUUAAGACUGUUAAGAAUUGCCAAUAGAAUUCAUAGAUUUAUAUAGCCUUAAAGUGGAGGAGUGACUGGAUUAUCUCAUAUAAUGUCAUGUAACCUUAUAUUUCCAUCCAUUAUUGUAUAGUAUAAGCAGUAACUUAUACUAUAAGUUGGGUUUGGUUAAAACAGCUUAUGAACUAAACAGUCAUGAACUGAGGACAGAGAUAAAUAAGAAUUCUAAUUGGAAAGCUAUUACAGACAUAAAUUGUCUCACUUGUAUGUUAAAAGCCUUUGUCUUGUACAUUUUUAUAAAUUUUAAAAUUUUUAAAUUAGUUUUCUUGAGCCAUGAUUUGUUUUUAUUUUUUUUUUCCUAUAUCUUUGUGCUGUAUAUUAGAUUCCUCUAUUUUUUCACUCAAUAACUUUCUGAAAUGCCUCUUUUUUUUUUGUGGUAUGAUGACUUCUGGCUUUCUAAUCUGUGAAAAUCUUGGGGUUUUUUCUAUAGUAAUAUUAAAUAUAAAAAAACCCCACAUGUAUUUUAAAUAAAAGCAGGCAUUUAGCCUUUGCAUUUUCUGCUAAGUUUGUUGUGGUGGUUUGUAUCACUUAUGAUAAGUAUAACUGGAAUACGCUUUUGUUGACAUAAUUAGACGUUUCAGGCUUACUGACAUAAAUAGAACAACGAAUUUAAGCAAAUACAGAUAGUAGAUGCCCAUUCUUGACUUUAUAGGCUGUUUCAAAAUAUUUGAAAUAUUUGCAGGGUUCUUGGCAAACCAGGUGAUGGAGGACAGGCUCUCUUAAGUGCAUUUCUUCUCAAGCUGCAGGGUCUUAACAGUAAGUGUAAAAUUCCUCCUCUAUAUGUAUUCAGAAGAAGGUUUGAAAGCAGAGAAAUUGCUCAAAUUCACCAGUGCUUUGCAGAGGAAGAAACAGUAAGCAACCACAAAUUCAGAUGAGAGAGAUUCUAUACUCAGGCUAUGCUAAGUCUAGAUGUAUUUUGCUGUGGCAUUGUGUCCUCCAAGAGUCCAGAAAUCCUGUUAUCCCCUAUUGGAUGGAAGUGUAGAAGUGAGUAUGCUAGUACUGCUGAGUGGUAAGAGAAACCAAAAAGAUUGAUGUAGGCCCUAAAAGAAGACAAUAGAUAAGUGCUACUCAACAUGAGCCGGAUCCCAAUGUUGCCUUGUGCUUGUGAUCUUUUUUGUAGAGUUGAUGAGCCUCACCAGUGCCAUAGGAAAUAAAUUAUAAGGCCAUGUAUUUUUUCACUAGAAACUGCAAGCAGCUGAGCCAACUGUGUUGAAGCAGGUCAUACAGUCAUGUAAUAGAACAGCCUAAUUUCAGUCUGUGCUGUAUUUGUUUUGUGUCAAAUAACUGCAUAAUAAGAUAUCCACCCUGCUAAGCUGUUUCAUUUAGUUGAAAAUCACAAUCUGAACAGGGAAUAAAAGCAUUUAAAGCCUGAGUGAAGUCUGAUGAUGCUUUAUGGUAGACAUGCUAACUAUACAGGUUAAUGAUUUAUAUGUGGGAGUAAUUUUUCUCCUCAGAGAUGUCCUGGUAACUUUCUUGAAAUCCUUGUUAUAUGUGUUGCAGUUAGUUGAAGAUAUUAUGUUCUUCUGGGUGGAUUAAUCAAGUACUGAGGCUUUGAUAGGAGGCUCAUGCCAAAUAAUGGAGUGCCUUGCAGAGACUGCGGAGUGUUUUUCAAUUUUGUGAUGCUGCAACUUAGCAACCUGUGCUGAGCAGCUACGGGGCAAGAGAGAGACCAUGGGAAUGGUCACUGAUGUGUUUUUUUAGAUCAGUGAGAAACUACAGGGGUCUUGUCACAAAGAAACUGUGGCAUAUUCGUCAGGUGCAUGACCAUUACUUUUUUGUACAACAAAAGCUGAGAUGAUCUGUAUGUUUAGGGUAGUUACCCUGGCUGAAGCUGUCAUGUUGUAGUUGUAGAAACAGGAGGGGAACCAAUUAGUUGACACAAGCUGUCUUGUAAAGAAUAGAAUGUCAGAGAGGAGAAUUUCCUAGAUCUUGUAUAGUUUUCGUAGUGACAUCUAAUGUUCCUACACCUCUUUCGCCAUUUGUAAGGAAACCUGUUUUCUAGUUUGGGUUCUGUCUUUAAGGAAGAGAGAAUUAAUAUAUAUUUUUUAAAAAAACACAUUAUAAAUGGACAUUUAGGGACUUACCUUUUUGAGGGACUAUUUGCUCAUAUCAAUCUUGAUAAGAAACAAUUAUCUAUCAUCUGAAUUGUUUCUGUAAAGCUUGAACAGUGAGCAUGCUUAAGUGUGUCCAUGGCCAAAAAUGUUUUUCAGUGCUUUCAGAGGAAGCCUGAUGUGACUUUUUAUUUUUUUUUCCCCUCCCAGUUUUGAUGGGAUUCCUUCAAAAUUGAGUCUGGGAUAAAAGAAAGGGGCAGAGUGGUCGGAUUUACUCAACCUGCUACCACCCUGGUAAUGUAGAGAAUUGCAGAAAUGCCAGAUGUCUCAUUCAUAAGCAUUCAAACAACUCAAACAAAGAAAGCCACCUUAUUGGCAGCAGUUCAGUGUGGAAAAAAACCCACGUUUUCUUUCAUGGUCAUUGCUUUUGUUUUCCAGAGGAGCUUUUUGCUGAGGAUGUAUGAUUGCGGAAUGCUUUGUCUACAGCUUUAGCUUUGUGCUGAGCUGGGGAAAGGGAGAAGGGAUAGUCGUUCUUGUGCAGUGCUCUGGUGCUGCCCAGCAGCCUGUUUAUGCCAUCAAGGAAGAACAAGCCCAUUUAGCAAAUG